UAUGGUGAUUUGAUUUGACGGGGGGUGGCGCAGACGAAUCAACCUGCAGCAAUCGGCUUUGGAGGAGCGGCCGGGUAGUGCCGUGCGUACUAAAAGUGGGCACCAUCGCUCUGACGAACACGAAAACGUUCCUCUGCUCUGCCGACAGUGGUGUGACCCUGUUUUCACGGUCCACUUCCAGUUGCGUUUCGCGAGUGCGGUUCCGUUCUACUUCACUCUACCUACGUCUUCAAGAUGAGCAACUCCUCGGAGCUGAUCGGCACGGACUUCCUGUCAAGGUACCUACACCUUCCGCAGGAUCCCCGAACCAAAGACUGGGUGAUGGUCAAGUACCCGUCCAUUGUCUUCUGGAGUAUCAGCCUGUAUCUCUAUUUUGUCAAGGUCUGGGGUCCGCGUCACAUGAAGGGAAGGGAGCCCUAUAACCUGAGGAAAGUGAUCCUCUUCUACAACUCCUGUAUGGUUGUCGGUAGCGCUGCGUUCCUGUACAAGAUCCUCCGGCUGACUUACUUCGGUGGCGGCUACAGCUUCUUUUGCCAGGGACUGGACUUUUCCACGGAACCCAAGGCCAUCGCACUGCUCAACAUCUACUGGUGGCUGCGACUCCUACGUCUGGCCGACUUCCUGGACACCAUCUUCUUCAUUCUGCGCAAGAAGUUCAACCAGGUGUCCACGCUGCACGUGGUCCACCACGCCCUGGUCGUCCUGGACUGCUGGUUCUGGCACCGGAUCGGGACGGACGGCCAUGUGUCGUUUAUCAUCUCCCUCAACACCUUUGUGCACGUCGUCAUGUACACCUACUACUUUCUCUCCUCCCUGGGACCUCAUGUGCAGAAGUACCUGUGGUGGAAGCGAUACCUCACCCAGCUACAGAUCACCCAGUUCAUCGUGGCUAUGGUUCACGGCUCCAUACCCCUCUUCUACGACUGCGGGUACCCCAAGCUCUACGUGUACCUCGCCAUGCCGCAGGGAGUACUCUUCCUCUACCUGUUCUUUCAGUUUUACUUUAAGGUGUACUUUCAUUCGUCGAACCGCGGUUUCCAGACCGUGUGUAACGUACAGGAUGGAGUGUCCUUGACGGAGCCUUCCAAGAAACAGAAGGCGCACUGAGAAAGGAUUCCUCUUCAUUUCUCAAGAGACUAUUUCCUACGAUUUCUGGGUGUUUGUUGAGACUGUGUCUCCGCCCAGAGACCCCACCUCCAAACGCGGGGCGUCGUUUCGCAGGCCAUUUUAAGCAUGUAUAUUUUCAUAUAGUUUUCUUCUAACUAAUUUACUGCAUGAUUUGAGUGACUAGAUUAUGAAUGAGAUGCGCGAUAGAAGUCUUCAUCUAUCUCUAUAUACUUCUAUAUCGUAGUUGCAUCCAUUGUACUCAUUGAUUAUAUGUUUUGUGUUGAUUCACGCUUCUAAUGCUUGUUUACGGCGCCUGAAGUAUCUGAAUGAGUUAGGGUUGUCGCGAAUGUUAGUGAGCGUGACUUCUGGUUUCUUUCUCGUCUGAAUAAACAUAUACAAACUUUCGA